AUGGUGAAUUAUUGUACUGCUUUUAAUUGUACUAGCUCAAGUGACGUUAGGGGAGACUUGUCAUUUCACAAGUUCCCUCUUAAAGAGAAAGAGAGGCUUCAAAAAUGGGUACAUGCUGUAAGAAGAAAGGAUUUUAAACCUACUUCCAGCUCAACUUUAUGUAGUUUGCAUUUCAAUAAAAAUGAUUUCUAUUUAACUGUUGUAAGUGGGAAACAAAUGUUAAAAAAAUCUGCUAUACCAACUGUAUUUAAUUUCCCAAAUCAUUUAACACCAAAGAUAAAAGAAAGAAGAAUUUUGCAACGAGAA